AUGUAUCGCGCGGCUGUGCGGUCGGCUUCUCGCCAGGCCCUGGGCGGCAUGCCCAGGUCCGCCGGGCGCCUGGCCCCCCGACGAUUCGCCUCGACGGCAUCCCCUGCAGACAAGCCGCGGAGCUGGAAGAGCUCUGCGCUGCGAUGGGGUCUGGCCGUCGGUGCCGUGUACUACUACAACACCAGCUCCGUCUUUGCGGACGAGGCUACUGUGCAAAGAACAGUGCCCGCGCCGUCCGCCUUUGCCGAGUCCGACCUGCCGACCGUCGAUGCCGUGAUCGAGGAGAAGCGGAAACAGGUCAAGGCCAAGGCCGAGAGCGCCGCCCCGGCCGCGAAGCAGACGACGUCAGAGAAGCCCGCGGCUGAGACGCAGAAGCAGCCCAGCUCCGAAGCCGCGCAAAACACGGCAGCCCUGGAGGGCGGCCCCGCGGCGCUGGAGGAGGAGGCCGGACAGGAGGGAGCGUUCAACCCGGAGACGGGCGAGAUCAACUGGGACUGCCCGUGCCUUGGCGGCAUGGCGCACGGGCCCUGCGGCGAGGAGUUCAAGACGGCCUUUAGCUGCUUCGUCUACUCGAACGAGGAGCCCAAGGGCAUGGACUGCAUCGAGAAGUUCCAGGGCAUGCAGGAGUGCUUCCGAAAGUACCCCGAGAUCUACGGCUCCGAGCUGACCGACGACCCCGCGGACGAGGAGGCCGGUAGCGCGCAGCCGGAAGGCGAUGUACAGGCCCUGCGCGAAGCGCACCCUGAGUCUGCCGCUCAGGAGACCAAGGCACCUGAGCCUGCCACCAAGGCGCCCGAGUCUGACACGCAUGCGGCGCCCGCAGUGGAGGCCGUGGACGACCCGGCGCCGGUAUGGGAGGAUGCACGUGCCGCCAACGAUUUCGUCGAGAAGAAGCACGAGGAGCAGGCCCCCAAGAAGGAGGAGGCCAAGGAGGAGGCCAAGCCCGAGGCCGAGAAGAAGGAGUAG